AUGGAUGCUAAAAAUGGAUCUGUAGUGACCGAGUUUAUUUUACUAGGAUUUUCUGAACGACGGGAACUUCAAGUUUUCUUCUUUGUGACAUUUUCCUUAAUCUAUGGUGCUACUGUAGUAGGAAACAUUCUCAUUAUAGUCACAGUGAUAUUUAGUUCGACUCUUCAUUCUCCCAUGUACUUCCUCCUUGGAGACCUCUCAUUUUUGGACAUGUGCCUCUCCACUGCCACUACACCCAAGAUGAUCACAGACUUGCUCAGUAAGCACAAGACCAUCUCUGUAUGGGGCUGCAUGGCCCAAAUGUUCUUUAUGCACUUCUUUGGAGGGGCUGAGAUGACUCUUUUGCUAGCCAUGGCCUUUGACAGAUAUGUAGCCAUAUGUAAACCCCUGCACUACAGGACAAUCAUGAGCCACAGGUUGCUGAAUGGAUUUGUGAUACUUUCAUGGAUCAUUGGUUUUAUACACACCAUGAGCCAAUUGGUGUUAACAGUGAACUUGCCUUUCUGUGGCCACAAUGUCAUAAACAGCAUAUUUUGUGACCUCCCCCUCGUGAUCAAGCUUGCUUGUGUUGAAACAUAUGCCCUGGAAUUAUUUGUCAUUGCUGACAGCGGGCUGCUCUCUUUUAUCUGUUUCAUCCUCUUGCUCAUCUCCUACACUGUCAUUCUGGUCACUGUACGACAAAAAUCAUCAGGAGGACUCUCCAAGGCUCUAUCCACAUUGUCUGCCCACAUCAUUGUGGUCACUCUGUUCUUUGGACCUUGUAUCUUUAUCUAUGCCUGGCCAUUCAGUACGCUGGCAAGCAAUAAAACGCUUGCUGUAUUUUACACUGUUAUCACACCCUUACUGAAUCCUAUUAUUUACACCCUGAGAAAUCAGAAAAUGCAAGGGGCCAUGAGAAAAUUACUGUUCCAUCACGUUAGCUCUGCACAGAACUUCUAG